UUUUAAAUAUUUACAAUGUAUAGCAAGUGUCUCGCGCUACUGUUCCUAAAUAUUUUAACAAUUUCCGUGGAUAGUUAUUAUGUGGAUAAUCGCAUUAUUGGUGGCCAAGAUGUAACAAUUGACGAAGCACCUUGGCAGAUCGCUUUGCUCCUUAAUAAUGAAUUCAUUUGCGGUGGCAGCAUAUACAGUGAACUAUUUGUAAUAACGGCUGCGCAUUGUGUUGUAGAGAAACCCGAACAACAACUCCAAAUUCGAGCGGGUUCUAUAAACUACAACGAAGGAGGAUCGUUGAUGAGCAUAGCUAAAACUCUCUGCCACGAGGAUUACAACAGUACGCGAAAAAUACAUGAUAUUGCGAUGCUUCUUCUAAAGAAACCUCUAGAGCUCAGCGCAAGGAUUCAACCAAUUCCGAUGGCUGAAAAAAGUCCCGAUCCCUGGAGUUGGGCAACGAUCACAGGCUGGGGACGUAGCAGUAACAAUUUGAAUCCAUCGACAAUAUUGCAAGUGGCGCAAUUGCAAGUCCUGAGUCAUUUCUGGUGUUUGUUGGAGUACUUCCCAGUAAUAUUUGACGAUAAGUUUUGUGCGUACAAUGCGUACAGUCAAGCCUGCCAAGGUGACUCUGGGAACCCUUUGGUCCUCGAUGGCAAGCUGGUGGGCAUCGUUAGUUUUGGCCAGCAGAAUUGUGGGGGCUCUAGUGUCUAUGUCGAUGUGGCGAAGAUGCGACAGUGGAUUGAAAAAGCAGUGAAAAUACUCAGCUAAAUAAAAAGUGUAUAUAUUGUUGUUCAAUUAUCUGCAAUCUGUAUACGUUUAACUGACAAUUUGCAAUAGAAAGGAACUUCUAAAAUAUUCUGUAAAUUGCAAUAAUGUGAUAUUAUAUUCAAUGCAUUUAGGUUAAACGAUUUAUAAUGAAUAAAGUGUAAAUUAUUAU